GUUCGCAAUCAUGGGUUUCGUUCCUAGUUCUGUAUUCUCGGCCCUUCAAUUAUUGGUGUUGGCUCUUCCAAGUAUGUUCACUUCUAAUCGCGAGAACUUCGAGUGUAUUGAUAUGCCUUAUAGUAGUUCAUGCCCGCUUAGUAGGCAUCCCAACCGUCCCUUUCACGGAAUCGAGUAAAUACUCGACAUUCCCACUGAACGACCUCCGAUCAAUUGUUGUGGAUACGAAAUAUGCAGACGCAAUUGACCUGGAAGGAGAAACAUUAAUUCCUCCUACCCUCACCGAGUUUGCCAAUACCUUUAGCUCAGAUCUCGAGUCUUCCUUAGGACUCAGUAUUCCUGUUCAAAUUGAUUCCGGGGCUUCAACAAAUUCUGUCUUUUUAACUGUGGCCGAAGACAAUAGCACCUUCACAGAUGCUGCUGGAAGGGUCACAAGUGAGGGGUACACGCUAAAUGUCACUUCGGAAUCGAUCUUCAUAACUGGUGCCAGUCCUCUUGGUGUGUUUUGGGGAACUCGUACACUCUUGCAGCAAGCCGUUCUGGGAGAACUAAUUGUUCCCCUUGGCGUUGGUACUGAUUCUCCAGGAUGGAGAAACCGUGGGAUCAUGGUAUGUGUAUUUUCUUUGCUUCUUCCGUACCUCAAUUUCUGGUCUAUCCCAAGGCUAAUGUGUAAUUGAAGAUUGAUGUCGCAAGGAAGUAUCACCCAAAAGAGUUCAUAAUUGAGAUGUGUGCCUACCUCUCAUUUUACAAACAAAACACAUUCCACUUGCACCUAAGCGAUAAUCUCUACAACAAUGUUGCACGGUAUUCUAUUGAAUAUGCCAAAACACUCUACGCCGCGUUUCGUCUCAACUCCGAUGAUCCUCUCCUCGCUGGACUUUCAAAGCGUGCAAAUGAGUCCUACUACCGGGAGGAUUUCGAAGAGAUGCAGCAAAAGUGUGCAUCUCGUGGAGUCACAAUCAUCCCAGAAAUUGAAACACCAGGCCAUACAAUGGUGAUCAAUCAAUGGAAGCCAGAACUCGCACUUUCAACCGAUUUCAGUUUACUCAAUCUGACCCAUCCGGAAACACUUCCUACGAUCAAAACGAUCUGGAAGGUAUUACUUCCAUGGAUGCACAGCAAAACGGUUUCAAUAGGAGCAGAUGAAUACGACUCGACCUUGAGAAUAGAGUACAAUGCUUUCGUCAAUGCGAUGAAUGACUUUAUUGCCGCAGAAUCUGGCAAGAAAAUCCGUAUUUGGGGAGCCUUCCCUCCCGUGCCUAACUCUACUAGCAAUGUCAACAAAUCGGUGUCUAUCCAGCACUGGGCAAGUUUUGAAGACAAUGCCAGGACAGACUACAUUGACAACGAUUACAGCGUUCUCAACACCGCAGACGAUUUUUAUAUGGUUGGCAAAAGUCCGUUCUCAUGGUAUCCUCCAUAUACCAAUGUCACCGAACCGUUCUCUGGGGGACCACAAGGUGGACCAUAUUACCCAAACACGUUCAAUAAUGCAAACUCAAGCGACAAUCCACCCUUGGACAGCCCGUACCUUUUAGGGCAUAUCGCUGCUUUGUGGAAUGAUAUUGGUCCCAAUGCGACUACAGUCAUGGAGGCAUACUAUUCUUUCAGAGACGGGUCACCAGGUCUCGCGGAUAAGCAAUGGGGAGGCGACUUGGAGUAUGAAGAGUACAAGUUGAUUUUUGACAAGCUUCAUGCUGCGAUUCCUGGGCAGAAUCUUGACUGGGCUAUUCCAAGUGUGUCAGAUACCAUUCUAAGUUAUGAUUUUACAAAAACGAAUGGUACUAUGGUCAAGGACGCAUCGGGCAAUUCUUGUAAGUCACUCAGACUUCUUUCUUCUAACACAUUAGCAUACUGACAAGUGACAGACGAUGGGACUUUCCAAGACCUAGGAUUCAACCCUAUUAAUGAUACCGCCAUCACCUUCAACGGAAAAGGGUUCAUCUCAACUCCUCUGGAUAGCAAAGGAAGAAAUUACACAUUAUCUUUCUCAGUCAGGCCAACAUCCGAAACUCAAGGGACCCUCUUCGAGGGUUCCCAAAACGCCCUUCGAACCGGAGAUGGCGGCACCAUUGGAAAUAUUACCAUGAUCAGCGGUGGAAAUCCAUAUACCCUCAACUAUACACUUCCAAUCAAUGUCUGGACCGAUCUCAGUCUGGUAGGUGCAGGAAAUCAGACAUUUUUAUAUGUUAAAGAAGGGGAAAGCUCGACAGUAGUCCAUGAAUUUAUCACUCGUGAAGGAUACAUGGGGGAGAAUACUUACUGGUAUCCUAUCGCUUUUGAAGCCCCACUCGCAAAGAUCGGGGAAGGAUUUGAAGGCCAAAUGAAGUGUAUCACCUUAAUGGGAAGUGCUUGAUCUCGGUUUCCUGAAGCAUUUCGAAUUACACAGAAGUAGAUAGGCUAUCUCAUUGCUAGUUUGCAAAUGAAGUCAC